AUGAAAUCAAACAAUCUACCAGUUGACCAGAAACAGAGGAAAUUAACUCAGUUAGCAUCAACACACAACCAAUAUCAACCAUUUUCUUCUUAUUAUCUUUGGUAUCUAAUCGACAGAUUUCAUUUUAUCAUUGAUGAUAUUCAAUCAAUUUUAACAUUUACUAAAAACACUUGCUUUAAUGAAUUUGCGAAUGAAUUUAUGAACGAAAGACAAAAGGCUGAAUUAGAAGGAAAUAAAGGAAAAAGUUUAUUUUGCAAGAUUUCACUUAAUGGAUCAUAUGGUUAUGAUGCAAUGAAUACACAAAAUUACACAAAGACUAAAAUAAUGAAUGCACAGAAGGCACGCGUUGCAUGUAUGUCAAAUAAGUUUAAAAACAUAAGAGAAAUAGGAGAGGAUACGUAUCAACUGAUGCUCAAAGAUAGAUUUUAUAGAUGUGAUUCAUGUUUACAAGAGGCAUUCUUCACUUUAGAUAACGCUAAAUACUGGUAUUUGGUUUUCAUUUAUGAUUUUAUGUAUAAAUGCAUGAAUGUUAAUCGGUUUCAUUUCAUUGAAGGUGAUACUGAUUCAUCUUAUUGGGCAAUCGCUGGCGACCCAAAUCUUCCUAACACUCAAGCAUUUCAAGCGAUUGUAACCGAUAAACAAUUUUAUGAUAAAAACAUUUUCAAAUUCGCACCUUUUGAUUUCUUCUGUUUUGAUGAGAAAUUUAAACCUAAAUUAAAGAAUAAAGCUGAAGAAAAAGCGCAUGAGAAGAAGUUAUUGGGUUUAGCAAUUGAGAAACAAGGUGAUAACAUGGUUGCUUUAUGCCCCAAGUGUUAUACAUCAUUCAACGGUUCAAUUGAUGGAAGUGAUUUUAAAAAGAUUGCACAAAAAAUGAAAGGUGUUAGUUUACGACAAAAUAAACAAUUUACACCUAAAAAUUAUUUGGAUAUAAUAAAUGAUAAAGUGAUAUUUGAUGGUCAGAAUAUUAAUUUACAACUUAAAAACGGGUCAAUGACUCGCUUAACAAUUGGUAAGACUGCAUUAACAGGAGCACACACUAAGGCUGUAUGUUGUGAAAAUGGAU